AUGAGCACUUCCUAUAGCAUGUGGCCUGUCAUACUCAUGCCCUAUAACCUCCCACCUUGGAGAUGUAUGAAGGCCCCAUUUUUCAUGAUGUCCUUACUUAUUCCUGGACCUAAUCAACCAGGGACUGAUAUUGAUGUCUACCUAAGGCCAUUGAUUGAUGAGUUGAAGGAGUUAUGGGAGAAUGGCGUGAUGACUUACGAUGCCUCCACUGAACAGACCUUCCGGAUGCAUGCAGCUGUAAUGUGGACCAUAAAUGACUUCCCUGCAUAUGGUGACUUAUCCGGAUGGAGAACUAAAGGUUAUUUGUCUUGCCCUCCUUGUAAUGAUAAUCCAUUGUCACGCGGGUUGAUCAGUAAGAUUGGGUGGGUGGGUCAUCGAGCUUACUUGCCUGAUAACCACCUUUGGAGGAAAGACAAGAAGUUUGAUGGUUUAACUAAGCUUAGAAAGAAAUCCUUGGAUUUACCGGUGGAAAAAGUAAUGGCUCAAUUGGAUCAAUUGCGGGAAGUCAAGUUUGGAAAGGAUCCUACCAACAAGAAAAGACCACGAGAGUCUGAAGAAUUGAAUUGGACAAAGAAAAGCAUAAUGUGGGAGCUACCGUAUUGGAAGAAAUUAAACCUCCGACACAAUCUUGAUGUCAUGCACAUUGAGAAGAAUAUUUGUGAAAACUUUUACGGGACGAUGUUGGCCAUAGAUGGGAAAAACAAGGACACGUACAAAGCACGUGAUGAUUUGCAAGAAAUGGGCAUAAGGCAAGAAUUGCAUCUACAGAGGAAAGAUAACGGAUCCGUUGUAAAGCCUCGGGCAGCCUACACAUUGGAUUCUCGACAAAUAGAUGGUUUUUGUGAAUUCUUGAAGUCGAUUAGUUAUCCAGAUGGCUAUGCAGCAAACAUCUCAAGAUGUGUGACUUCUAAAAAUGGAAGAUUAUCAGGCAUGAAAAGCCAUGAUUGUCAUGUCCUGCUUCAGCGACUUCUACCAAUUGGCAUGCGUGGUUUUGUGAACAAGGAGAUCUGUACAACACUAUUUGAGUUGGGCAACUUCUUCCAAGAACUGUGCUCAAAAACAUUAAGGCAGACUGAUUUGGAAAAAAUGGAAGAACGAAUUGUGCUCAUACUUUGCAAGUUGGAGAAAAUUUUUCCUCCAGCUUUCUUUGAUGUGAUGGUCCAUUUGGCUGUUCACUUGCCCCAUGAGGCCAUGUUUGCUGGACCGGUGCAAUAUCGAUGGAUGUACCCGAUUGAAAGGUUUCUCGGGACUUUGAAAGGGUAUGUCAGUAAUAGAGCACGUCCAGAAGGUUCUAUCGCUGAGGCUUACAUUGUCAAAGAGUGUCUUACUUUUUGUUCAAUGUACUUAAAAGGGAUUGAUAAACCUGAACGAAAUGAUGAUGGUGGUGAACGUGGUCCCGGGAUGGAGGUCUUUACCCAAAAUGCUCGUCUAUUCUCACCUAUCACAAGGGCUCUUGACCCUUCGCAAAAUGAACGAGAAAUGGCUCACUGGUUUGUGUUGUACAAUAGCUCUGAGGUGGAGCCAUAUAUUUAUGUAUUUAAGUUUAAUUACGUUUAUGCAUAA